AUGAUGUGUGACAUCAUCUACGCUGGAGAUAAAGCACAGUUUGGACAGCUAGAAAUAAACAUUGGCACGAUUCCAGGGCUGUGGAACUCAAAGGUGGGCACGAGUACCUGGAAAGUCUAUGGCUAUGGAUGUUUGACAAGUAAUCGAGUAAGCGCUCAGGAAGCCAAGGAGUGUGGUUUAGUAUCAAAAGUGCUCCCGGCUGAACAAGUCGUGAAUGAAGCUGUGAAAAUAGGAGAGAAAACUUUUGAACAGUCACCGCUGAUUGCGCAAAUGGUGAAGGAGGCUGUGAGCAAUGCAUAUGAAACGACACUGAAGGAGGGCUUGCGAUAUGAGCGGCGGCUUUGCCAUACUAUCUUCGCUACAAACGAUCGCAAAGAAGGCAUGAACGCAUUUGCUGAGAAGCGUGCACCAAAGUACACCUCUGCGUAA